AUGCCGUCGUCAGAAUACACAUCUGCAGGCGGCGGCCUCAAACUAAAAGGCGCCAAAAACGCUGGCAUAGAGAAAAAGCGCAAGAAGAAGUCGACCAAGUCAUCCGCCGUCGCCGCUGCUUCAUCGUCCUCCAAAGACGCAACCACCGCAAAGGACACUACCGACCCCGAAAAUACGACAGACUUGGAACAGAGGGAGAAGAACAAGGAAGAAAGUCUCAUACCCGAUGAUGGCAAGACGGAAUACGAACGACGCCAUGAGGAAACCAGACGCAAGCGUGUGAGUCCUGGCCUUGAAUACCGCUACAAGACUCUUGAAGAGAAACUGAUGCGCGAAGGCGUCAAGACUCACAAGGAACGCGUCGAGGAACUGAACAAGUAUCUGUCGACUCUGAGCGAGCAUCACGACAUGCCUCGCAUCGGUCCUGGAUAA